AGCAGAGCCACAUGGCCAAGAGUGGGUGUGAAAUGACACCUCCACAGGAGAGCUGUGAGGGCGCGAGGACCGUACAGGCUACCUUAAAGGAAGACAGAAAGGGGCACAGGAAAAAAACCCACAAAAACUCUGUGUUCGUUCCUCACUCUUCCCUCAGUGCCGUCUCACCCCUUGCAGAGGCUUCAGAGGUGUGAACACAUCCUGUUUACAUCUGCCAGCGAGACGCGGAGGCUGAGGGAGCGCAGGGCUGAGUCGCUGUCGGAGGGAGCGCCAAGCCCGGGAGCACAGCUGCAGCGGGACAGGCCCUGGCAUGGACACGGUGCCCGUCUACCACGGGGCCAUCACCCGAGAGGCUGGGGAGAAGCUGCUGCUGGCGGCGGGCACGGACGGCAGCUACCUGCUGCGGGACAGCGAGAGCAUCCCGGGGGUCUACUGCCUCUGCGUGCUGCAUCAGGGUUAUGUUUAUACCUACAGAGUGUCCCAGACAGAAACUGGAUCCUGGAGUGCUGAGACUGCGCCUGGGGUCCACCGGAGGCUCUUUCGGAAAGUGCACAACCUCAUUUCGGCCUUCCAGAAACCCAACCAAGGCAUUGUAACACCCCUGCAGAACCCAGUUGUCAACCACAUGAAAGCCAGCUACUCUCCAGGGAGGAAUGAAGGCUAUGACCUCCAUCUUCAGCCAUCAUGAGGAUGUCUCCUGCAGUGUGACAUAACCACAUCUUCCAGCAUCUCCUCUAAUCUAUGCUUUAAAACAGAAUGAUUUAUAUGAUAGUAAAUACAACUCUGUGAGUUUUUCUUGUAACAUUUGCAGAAAUGUGUAUUUCAUAGAAUUUAUUGCUCAAGAUGUAGAAGUUCAGAUUUUAGAGUACUUUGAACUUACAGUGGGGUAUUUUUUGGUUUUGUUUUGGUUUUUCCCAAGAGAGGAUAAAAAAGCAUGAACUGCUAAAUCCUUUAUGUCUAUUUUUCCCCUUUGUACUGUCAAGUAAAAAUAUUUUUCCCUUCAAGAUCAGUUCUUAAUUAAUAAUUAGUUAUUAAUUUUACCUUGCUUAACUUUGGAUCCUGCUUUGCUUUGUUCUUGUUGGCAUUUAUGCAGAAUUGGGCAAGUCCCCUUUUAUAACCUUAGGAGAAAUGUUUACAUUAAAGUGUCCUUGCCUUGGAUGGACUGCGUGUUUGUCAUUCAUACAGUUCCUAAAGAUAUUCCAGACAUGAAACCAUGAGGAUCCCCACUAACUGAUUUCCCAUCAAAGCAGUUGCCCUGCCCUCUAACAAAAUCUGUAGUUUUCACCAAUGACCAAGAGCAUAAGUAAUGCACAGAGUGACCAAGAACACCGGAUGAAGUGGAAAGCCUUGUUCUUUGCUUUUAGGUGUUCCCUGUACUUGAAACAAGCCAUCUUUGCAUACAAGUUAAAAAAUAAAUUAUUUUUGCAUGACAGCUUUUCUUUUCCUCUCUGUGUGUUUCCAUACUGCUGCUGCGCUCCUGGACGAGAGUUUUGAAUCUAGAGGACUCAUCAGCUGUGCAGGGAUAGCAUGAGGCUACUGGAGAACUCAGAGGACGUGCCUUUUGCACUUGGGCUGGAACAUGUGUGAUGGCACAGUGCUAAUGGACUGGCAGACAGUAGGAAACACUUUUGAACACUUUUUUUUUGGGUGUCCUAUGGCCCUCUUGUUUGAGAAGAUAGGGUUGUGUUGCACUGCUGUCCACAGUCCAGACUACCUCUACGUGGCUUUUUGCCAGGUAGGCUUGUGUGAAUUCCUGUGGGCUUUGGGAAGGACCCCAGCUAGGGCCCAGCCUUGUUCGUGUGCAAGGGGGAUGCAUCUGGUCUGGAUGGCUGGUUUGUGCCACUAGUGGUUGUGCUUCAACAAACAUAAAUGGUCCUGACUACCAAAAGCAUGCGAGUCUCACGUGCUCCCAUCCAGAGCAGAAGACUAACAGUGAUUAAAACUGGACUACAAAAAUAUAUGUAAUUACAGAAAAACACUCCUUAAACAUUGUAUAGGCACCUUUGGGUUGCUCUGGUUGUGUUUUAUGCCUAUACUUGUCUCUGCAGAUCUUGGAAAGCUGAAAGUAUUUCCUAAGAGAGAAAGAGGCUUUUUCCAGAAAUGCCAGGCUGCAGACUCAGGGAGAACAAAACUGACUGAAUUUCACCGGCCACUGGCACCUGCAGCUUGGUGGCACAGAAAGAGGCCCCACAUCUGCCUUGUUUUCACCUCACUAAAGGCAAGUUGGAUGUGAACAAUGACAGAACUAUGUGGGCUGUAAGUCCAUGAUUCAGCAAGGUGGAUGCUCCAAGUCACAUUUGAUAAAGCUGAAGGGUUUACCUUUUUACCCCCUCUGAGUGUGUGAGACAGUGCAAGCAAUAGCAGAUAUUCUGUGAAGCUCAAGUUUCUUGUAAAUAGGAAUUAAGUGCAAUUAAUAAGAGCAGCCCCGUCUCAACAGGGACUAGUGGGCACCAAUGUUGCAAAGUUGUGGUUGAGGCGUUUUCAGUUCAUUACUCAGUUUCUGUCCAGUUAAAGGCCAAUUUCAUCUACGGUGAACUGUCCUAUCAUAUUUUACACUGCAUGUACAUGUGUUGCUCUGUGCCUUUUUUGUAUGUGUGCUUGUUGGUUGAAAUUAGUCUUACCUUAAUACAGUGCCAUACAGUGGCAGAUCCAGCAUGAUUUUCUCUUUAGUAAAAUAUUUAAAGGCUGUUUUUUUAUCGUUACAUAACUCAGCAAAUGCACUGGCUGGUUUGCUGUCACUUGUGCCCAAUGAAGCUUUCCCUUCUCCUCCCUGCCUUAAAGGUUUCCCAGCCUGCUGUGAGCCAGCGGCAUCUGGUCCCUGGCAGUCCCUCUCCAGCUUUGCAAACCACGCUUCCCCAAAGCCUGCUGAGCUGCUGGGUGCUGGCAGUGUGUGUGUGCAGCCCCAGCCUUCCCAGGGAGCUCUUCUGCUUUCCAAAUGCUAGCUCUAAAUCCCUCAUUCACCUGGCCUCUCCUGGGAGCAGGAACAGGUGUGCCUGGAAAUCAUCCCUAGCAGAUGAUUGCACAGUGGUAGGGAUGCAUGCAGUGGGAAGAACUUUGCCCAGGGGCUGUUUCCUAUUGAACUGUCCUAUAUUGACUUGAGGCUGAGGCUGCAUGUGGAAAACCUGCAGCACACAAGCAGCAGCUGCUCACCCACUUUGCAGUGCAGCGAGCCGAGGAUAACUGGUUUGACUGUGGUUGACUCCAGAAGUGCAUUGUUCUUCUAAAAAAUACAUAAAAUAGGCCAGAAGAUGCCAUUUCUGUUUAAAGCCGAGAAUGUUGUUUCAGUUUCUGGUGUAAAUUAUUAAGACAGAGGCUUGUAUUGUUUCUUUUGGGUACCCAAGGGUCUGGAAUUGCUGCAGGCUUAAACAAGGUGGAGACAGAGAGAAGCUGGUGGUGCCUGUGAGACAAGAAGUAGAUGCUUGGUUAUGGGAACAGUAAUUUGGAAAUUAUAUUGAUUUCCUACAAUGACUUAGGUGUGAAGAGCUACAGAUCCUUUUAGAGAGCAGCAGCUGCAUUCAUUUUGCCAGUAUGACUUUCCACAUGAUAUCAGUAUCACCUACUGCUUCCCUCCCACCAUCUCCUUCAGGCUGCAGCCCCACUGGGCACAGCCCCUCGCUGCUGCCAUGUUCCCCUCCAGCCCUCCCACCCCUGUCCCCUCGCUGCCACAGCCCCAGAUCUGCAAGUGGCUUUGUAGCUCAAUGUGUUGCCCCUGCUCUGGCCCUCUCCCCAGUGCUGCUCCUCUGCAGCAGCUGAGGCUCCCACAGCUCUGGCUUUGCCUCCACUAAGCCCUCCCCUGUCCCUGCCUACGGCUGUGACAGCCCUCCUGCAGCACUCCAUCAGUACAAUAUCCCAGGCUGGUUUUCUUCCCUUUUCUACUGGAGCACCCACCCCUUUGGCAUCGCUUCCUUCUCAUCCACCCAGCACAGCCUCAGCCCUCCUGCUUGGUUCUUGCCCAGCCCAGCUGUUCCAUGGUUUUUCACCAUGUAACCUUUCCUUUAGCCUUAUGCGUUCCUUGUGCCCCUCCAUUCAUUUGCUCCUUCUCUCUGCUGCUUGUACUGGGCUUUUAUUUUCCUGGGCACAUACUUUUCAUAACAGAAUCAUUCAUCAUCAUCUAUUUGAGGCAGCUCUAAAGAACAUGCACUUUGCUAAAGAACACUUAAACUUUGCUACUCACACUGCCAGCAACAUUGAUUUCACCCACACUGUUAUCAUGAGUGCAAAGACAUUUAACAGAAUAUUUUUUCACUCUCACAUUUGCUUUGAAGAAAUAUAAUCAUCUUUACACAGAAGCUGUCUGGGAUUUCACCUGCAGUGAAACCUGCAGAGUUAUAAGCAUGAACUUUGGUGAAUCAGAAUUAAAAUUAAAUCUUGCUAAGCAAUAUCCUGCCUCCAACUUUUGAGUCAAUCAAUAUUGGCUGAAGUCCUCAUUUAGCUCUGUGGAAGCACCUUUUACUGACAUGACUAGAAUAUCUCAAAUACUAAUGUAAACCGAUGUAAACAAAGACAACAUCACAUGCCAUAAGUUUGCACCUUUAUUUUUUAAAAAUGAAAUAGUCAAAGUACUUUCUUUUUCAAAUAUCGACACAUAAUAUAUUAACUUUCAAUAUUUACAGUGUGUUGCUGGGAUGUUCUUGUAGAAAAUGCAUGCUUCUGGUCUGAAACCCAGAGCAAAAUGCAUCAGACCAUUUAACUGCAGCCAUAUAACAUAAACCUGUACAGUAUCCAGUCACUAUUCAGCACAGGAGUUAGAGCAGGAAUAAAAAAAUUGGGAUCUAUUGUUUCCUAGCAACGAGGCUGAGGCCAUUAUAACACAAUUUCUGUAAGAUCAGAACCUCUAACUGGUGUUAGACAGAAAGUGAAGAUCUUGGCAUACAUUGUAAACAUUUUUUACUGUUGAUGAGAAAGCUAAAAAGGAACAUUACUUUGACAUAUAUUGUAUGCUAUGCUUCUCUUUCUUGUUUAUUGACACUUCUGCCAGAAGAGUAUGAAGAUUUUAAUGUUUUAUCAUGGUUCAUACAAGUAAAAUACUGUCAAGGACACAAUCUGAUAUACUAACAUUUAUUAAAAGGCUAAAGUCCACCACAAGAUCUAAGGAAAAACUGGAAAUUGUCAAACACGUUUCCUUAGACAAAUAAUGGCAGGUGACAAAUGCCCAGACAAAUCCACAGAGAGUCCAACUCCACCAUUCCCAGUUUCUGCCUGGAAGUGAUUCCUCUGGCAGUCAGGGUGCUUUCAGCCUGGUAAUGUUUUGUAUCAAGGAGAGGUUUGAAUAAGGGUUAGCGUUUGAUGGGAACACCCCUGGGGCUGCUGGUGCAGCCUGAGCCAGGUGUCACCCGGGUGUCACCGCGGAUCAGCCGCGCCGGCCAACGUCCCGGACACACGGACACCCCCAGGCACUGCCUGUCUCCUUUGGCUGGGCUGAACCUCGAGCUCCUCUGCCUUAACCACGCUCCCUUUUGGAACAGCACCUUGGCUUCCAACAGCAUCCAUCGCUCACCCGGGAGGAGCUGCUG